CUCCUCUCCUCGUUGCAGGUGCCCCUGGAGGACCUGCAGGUGGCGUCCCGUUUGCUGGUGCAGGCGCUCCACGUGCGCGAGCGCUACAUGUACGUGUCCAGCCAGUCCUUCCCGUCGGUGACGGCGCGCUUCCUGCGCACCGUGGGCUCCGGCAACCCGCACUGCCUGGACACGGUCAAGCACGAGGACAGGAAGACCAUCGAAGACAAUCAUCCUGUGCAUCCUCCUGCCAACCGAGGGGAUCCUUGGGAAUGUGAAUUCCCCGCUCCAAAGGGCUAUGUGAUAAAGCCCGUUGACGGAGUUUUCCAGCUUUACGAAAAUCAGGAAGCUGUUGAACGAGAUGAACCUAUAAAUUAUUCCUAUCCCAACUUGGCGACAUUUGUUCAAGACAUGAAUCUCUUGUGCACCAUGAUAGCCGAUGGACCUUUGAAAUCAUUUUGCUAUCGCCGCUUGAGCUAUUUGUCUUCCAAGUUCCAAUUACAUGUCCUAUUGAAUGAAAUGAGGGAGCUGGCAUCCCAGAAAGCUGUACCUCACAGAGAUUUCUACAACAUAAGAAAGGUUGAUACUCACAUUCAUGCUGCAUCAUGCAUGAACCAAAAGCAUUUACUACGUUUCAUCAAGAAAACUUUAAAAAAUCAUGCUGAUGAAGUUGUCACAGUAAGCAAAGGGCCCAUGACUCUGAAAGAGGUUUUCCAGUCUAUGAAUUUGACCUCCUAUGAUCUAACUGUGGAUAUGCUUGACGUACAUGCUGACCGCAACACAUUCCAUCGAUUUGAUAAGUUCAACGCAAAGUACAAUCCUAUUGGUGAAAGCAGGUUGAGAGAAGUUUUCCUUAAAACUGACAAUUAUCUGAAUGGGAAAUAUUUUGCCCGCAUCAUUAAGGAGGUAUCAUCUGAUCUAGAAGAGAGCAAGUAUCAGAAUGCAGAACUGCGUUUGUCAAUUUAUGGGAAGUCUCCAGAUGAGUGGGAUAAGUUAGCAACCUGGGCCAUCACUUAUGAUGUGUAUUCUGAUAAUGUCCGUUGGUUGAUCCAAAUACCACGUCUGUAUGAUAUUUUCAAGUCAAACAAACUCAUGAAGAACUUCCAGGAAAUUCUCAACAACAUUUUCAAACCUCUCUUUGAGGUCACAAAUGAUCCUAACACCCAUCCAGCAUUGCACAAAUUUCUGCAAUAUGUUAUCGGGUUUGACUCUGUAGAUGAUGAGAGCAAACCUGAGAACCCCUUAUUUGACAAAGAUGUCCCACCACCUGCUGAAUGGUGUGAUGAAGAAAACCCUCCUUAUGCCUAUUAUUUGUACUACACAUUUGCGAACCUCACAGUCCUCAAUGCCUUCCGCAAAGACCAAGGCCUCAACACAUUUGUCUUGCGUCCCCAUUGUGGGGAGGCUGGGCCAAUUCAGCACCUGGUGUGUGGAUUCAUGAUGGCAGAAAAUAUUUCUCAUGGCUUACUGUUACGCAAGGUUCCUGUUCUUCAGUACCUUUACUACUUGGCUCAGAUUGGUAUUGCGAUGUCUCCACUCAGCAACAAUUCUCUUUUCUUGAAUUACCACCGUAAUCCUCUUCCCGAAUAUCUGGCUCGUGGUCUGUGUGUCAGCCUUUCAACUGAUGAUCCCCUGCAAUUUCACUUUACCAAAGAACCAUUGAUGGAAGAGUACAGCAUUGCAGCUCAAGUAUGGAAGCUCAGUAGCUGUGACAUGAGUGAGCUUGCUCGCAACUCAGUGAUUAUGAGCGGCUUUCCCCGCAAGAUGAAGCAGUAUUGGCUAGGUCCUAACUACACCAGGGAGGGUGUGGCAGGUAAUGACAUUACUCGCACAAAUGUUCCUGAUAUCAGAGUGGCGUACAGGCAGGAAACAAUGCUAGAUGAGCUGUACAACAUAUUCAAUGUGGCUGAGAAAGAGGGAACACUCCAGUGACAGUAGAUUCGUGGCCGUUUCCGCCGACGUGUGACUCUCUUUUGAGUUGCAUGAAUUGCUGUAUGGAGAAGCCUCUUUUGGAAGCUAUCAUCAUCAUAUCCAAAUGUGACACAUUGCUAUCCUGUGUAUCAAUUUGAAGUGAUGGCUCACAGUAGCCUGUAUUCAAACAUAACUUUAACUUCAAUUUCUUUCAUGUUCUUGUUAGAUUAGCUGUACUUAAACGCUAUAAAUCAGUUUAAAAAGAUUUAAAAAAAAAA